CAGACCUGGCGCAUGCGCUGGGUGGGAUAGGCCGGAUUGAAAACUAUGGCGUGGGUACCUGCGGAAUCUGCGGUGGAAGAGUUGAUGCCCCGGCUGUUGCCAGUGGAGCCCUGCGACUUGACAGACAGUUUUGAUCCCAACGUACCUCCGAGGACUCCCCAAGAAUACCUAAGGCGGGUCCAGAUCGAAGCCGCUCAAUGUCCAGAUGUUGUGGUAGCUCAAAUUGACCCAAAGAAGUUGAAAAGGAAGCAAAGUGUGAAUAUUUCUCUUUCAGGAUGCCAACCUGCUCCUGAAGGAUAUUCCCCCACUCUUCAGUGGCAACAGCAGCAAGUGGCACAGUUUUCAACUGUUCGGCAGAGUGUGAACAGACAUAGAAGUCACUGGAAAUCACAGCAGUUGGAUAGUAAUGUGACCAUGCCAAAAUCUGAAGAUGAAGAAGGCUGGAAAAAAUUUUGUCUGGGUGAGAGGUUAUAUGCUGAAGGGGCUGUUGCACCAGCUGCAAGUGAAAGUCCUGGAAUUGAUUAUGUACAAAUUGGUUUUCCUCCCUUGCUUAGUAUUGUUAGCAGAAUGAAUCAGGCAACAGUAACUAGUGUCUUGGAAUAUCUGAGUAAUUGGUUUGGAGAAAGAGACUUUACUCCAGAAUUGGGAAGAUGGCUUUAUGCUUUAUUGGCUUGUCUUGAAAAACCUUUAUUACCGGAGGCUCAUUCACUGAUUCGGCAGCUUGCAAGAAGGUGCUCUGAAGUGAGGCUUUUAGUGGACAGCAAAGAUGAUGAGAGGGUUCCUGCUUUGAAUUUGUUAAUCUGCUUGGUCAGCAGGUAUUUUGACCAACGUGACUUAGCUGAUGAGCCAUCCUGAUAAUAGCUGAUCUCUCAGGGAUAGAAGAUAUUUGUAAUGAAGACAGCCUGAGUCUGAGGAAGUGCAAUGCCAGUUCAAGUACAGAUUGCAUCACAUCUUCAACACUAUGUGAAGCGUCUUCAUCUUAACCUGUGCAACUCAAGUUGAUAUUCAGAAGAUAGAUUGUGUUGGUAUGAGUAUCUGAGGUAUCUUUGAAAGAUGUUACGCAGUUUUUGCUGAACAAUUUAAAUAGUUUUCUGUAAUCACAUGCUUUUAAAACAAACUGAAUGAUUUAUUGGUGAAGCAUCCUGCACAGAAACUGUAUGACGAAAUUGUACAGAGGUUGUUGGUGCUGUUUCAUUGUUUAUUUACAUAUACACAUAUAAAAUUCUAUUGAAAAUGUGUUUUGGUUACUAAAUUUUGUUUGACUAUUUAACAAAACAAAAGACAAUGGAUAAAUGUCCUUAGUAUUAGAAUUAAGAUAAUCUAGAUUAUAUGGCACGUGUAUUCAUAGUCAGCAACAAAAUUAGUCUAACAUUUUCCCUUUAAGCUCUAUACUUUUAUUUUUGAAUGCUUUCUUU